AGCUUCGGGAGAUUACGCAGAUUCCGGUGGUGUAGCAGCCGAGCGGAGCACACAGACCCGGGAUCUUCGUGUUGUUGAGCGCAAACGCGAAUAGCGGGUCGAGUCCGCCCGUCAUGACUGUCGACUGACCACAGCAGCGGUCAGUGUGACGCCUGCACGGCACCGUGCAUGCAGCCCCGGCUCACAGCGCCAAAGCACCGCUGGAGCUUUUGUCUUCGAGGGGGAAUUUUCAAGUGCACAAUCGGCGUCUGGAGCUUCUGGAGCAGAGUACAGAGGAAAAACUGAGCCGGUUCACAUUCACCCUACGACGCAGCGGCCAUUGCAGUGGCUAAAUGAAGAACUUGUGAACAUGCACGAGGGAAGGACUCUACCUUUCACUUCGGUGACUUCCCCAGAUGUUUUGGCCCAAAGAAAGAUGGAAAGGAAUGGGAAGAACUUGAGCCAAGGCUGCUGCACAGCACCCAUUCAGUGAGCCAACAGGAGAUCCUCCACACGCCACGUCGCUGAGCCUCUCACCCUUCCCUUUCGACCCCUCGACCGACAAGCACCAUGACCUCUGAGCUGGAGAGUAGCCUCACCUCAAUGGACUGGCUCCCCCAGCUCAGCAUGAGGGCAGCCAUUCAGAAAGCAGAUGCUGGCCACCACCACGGCCACCACCACGGACACCACCACCACGGCCACCAUCAUGGGCACGGGCCUGGCAAGAAAAUUGCGCAUUUGGACCCAGGUACAACGCUGGACCAGGAGGAAGCUGCACAGCACCGAGACGGUAAACCGCCCUACAGCUAUGCCAGCCUAAUCACCUUUGCAAUCAACGGCUCACCGCGCAAACGGAUGACCCUCAGUGAGAUCUACCAGUGGAUCUGUGACAACUUCCCCUACUACCGAGAGGCGGGCAGUGGCUGGAAGAAUUCUAUACGACACAACCUGUCCUUGAACAAGUGUUUUCUCAAAGUGCCUCGCUCCAAAGACGACCCUGGAAAAGGUUCCUACUGGGCCAUAGACACCAAUCCUAAAGAAGACACAGUACCCAGCAGGCCAAAGAAGAGACCGCGCUCUGGAGAGAGGCCUCCUCCUCUCCAGGGAACCCAGGCAGGCGUGGAGCGGCAAAGUGCACAAUCACAGUUGCUCAUUGGAGGAAGAAUUGAGGCAUCAACUCCCUACAGCCUGGAGUCAGAGUCUCUGAGGAUGGACUGCAUCAUGUCAGGAGGGGCGUCUCCCACUCUGGCCAUCAAUGCUGUAACCAACAAGGUAGCACUGUACAACCCCGAGGCAGAGGGCAGUGAGAGUCCUGGGAGUCUGGGCAGCCUGAGCAACAGUCUUUCAGAGCAGAGUUUGGCGUCCGUCAACCUUAACAACCUGAACACCGCCGUCAGCAGCGGCAGCAGCAACGUCCACAGCUACACACCAGUUAGCAGCCACUCAGAGCCUUCGUCCCAGUCCCUGAGCCUUCAGCAGCCCGCCCAGCCGCCACCGCCUCCCCCUCCUCCCCCACAGCCACAGUACGGUUUGCCCGUCCCCGAGUCGCGGGACAAGCAGCUCUGUUUCUCGGACUUCGAGGACCUCAGCGCUUCUUUCCGCAGUCUUUACAAGUGCGUCUUUGAGCAGUCCUUCUCACAGCAAGGUUUGAUGGGUAUGCCCAGCGAUUCCAGCCAGCAGGCCCGGACCGCCUGCUCCUACCAGCACUCGCCUGGCGCGGGAAGCGGCGGCGGUGGCCACCACCACCAACAUAACCACGGUCAGGCGUCGCACCACCCCCAUCACCCCCAGCAGCACCUGUCCCCUCACACCACCCACAGCCAGCACCAGGCGCACGGUCAGCACGGCCAGCACCAACAGCACCCUGCUCAUUCGCAGCAGCACCCAUCUCUCUCCCACACUGGACAGACCUGCCCCACAACAGGCAUGUCAGCAGACUGGUACCCCAACCUGGACUGGCUGAAGGAGAGCUGCCGCAUUGCUACCAGCUACAACUGGGCUGACGUAGACCUCUCCCCAUUUCAAGGGCUGAAAGAGAGCAUGCGGCAGGCUGAGCUCAACAACUGGUCGCUGGAUGCCGCCCAGAUGGCCGACCUCUGUUCCUCCAUUAACCAGUUCUUCACAGCCACAGGGGUCAUCCCCCCUCAGGGCGCCACCCACCCACAACCUCAGGUCCAACACCCGACACCACCAGGAGCGCCACAGCACCCGGCUCAGCCACACGGGGCGAUGCACCCAAAGGCCAGCCAGCACAAUCAGCACGGCCAACACAACCAACAUAACCAACAUAUCAGCACGGGGAACAUGUACAUAGACUCGAGACAGAGCAUUUCCUCUCUGAUGGGCCCACCAGGAUACCCCCACAUGCCUCCUAUGAGCAACACGGCUCCAACCAUGACAGGUGACUCCUCCAUCGCUCACUUAACAGGUCAUCUCAACCAGCUGAGCCAGCAGCAGCAACAACACAGGCUUCCUCUGGGACACUUCCAGGUGAGGCGCAUGCUCGCUGCAGACGACAUCCAGGACGACUUUGACUGGGACUCCAUCGUCUAAACUGAGCCGCUGAUGGAACAGAGGGACGAAGAGAGAGACUGGAGAUGUGAGAGAGAGAGAGAGAGAGAGAGAGAGAGAGAGAGAGAGAGAGAGAGAGAGACAUGUGUUGACAGGUGAGGUAUGGAACUAGCUGACCUUGUUUCACCUGUGUGGAAAAAAAAACAAACAGAAGACAAUCCAACAGAAAACAAACGGAAAGUCACUUUUCUGAUCUUGCUGGCUUUUUUUUCCUGAUCCAAGUGGAUGGUGAGUCUAAAGACAAUCAUUUAAAAAAUGAGACUUAACACGGGAUUGGACCAAGCCAACAUGUAAAACACACAUCGUCCAAAGCAAAAUGUCGUCUGAAGCUCUCUGAAUUGUCUCAUGUUGUGUCCCCCUCCAGUACCAACAGGGUUACAAGUCGCCAAAGUGUUGUCAAAUUGUCUGUGAAUGUUCUUUUCUUAAGUCUUUUGUCUUUUAACUUGUGUCCCAUAUCUGCAAAGUUUCAGUGCCUGUGCCUGAAAUGAAUAGAAACGUUUGUCUUCUCCAGACUCCCUGUAGAAAAAUCAUCUUCCAUACUUAUUCAACCAACUAUUUCAUUCUGUCCUCGUAACAUCUCUUUGUUCACUCUAAUACUGGGCAUCUGUGUGGCUGUGGCUCUUUCAGCCACAGUUAGAAGGAGAAUUUAUGAAGAAGAAAGUAAUGAUGGUGUAUCCGUUCAACUUUAAUCAACAGUGGCUGAAUAAAGCGCCAUCUGCUGGUUAAAACGGACACCAUCAUAGCUCCCUUUGCCUAAAAGUUCUAUGCAUCACAGUCUGUUCUUUCUUUGUUCUGUCACCACUUCUAAACUUUCAUUUUGUCAUUUCAAAUGUCGUUAUUGUGUGUGGAACAGUCCAUGGUGCCAUGUUCUCAGGGUGUUACAUUCAUAUACCAUGUCAGACCAACACAAAGCCAUUUACAUCUCUGUACGUGAGGUACUUGCGUGUUGUUCGGUGCUGUCAGUGUUCACUUCCUGUUGGCGAACAGUGAGCCUCCUGGUGACUGUGGUCAAAAGGUUAAAAGGUAUACUAUGCAGGAUUUCCCUAAAAAAACAAUGUGUUUAGAAAAGUAAUCCCUCUCAAUCAUCACUAAUGACCCACUACAAGUGUGUGGCGGUGUGUGGAUCUGCGGAGAUCCUAACUGUGUAUUCUUAUUUUCCUCUUAUUUUGCUAUGUUCGAGACGUUUUUGGGCACAGUGUACAGGUGAGGUCAGGACUUUACUAAAAAGUAGCACCCAGGGGCCGCAUACACAAAGCUUACUAAUAUGGAGAGUUCUUAAAACUGUGACGUUUUCUAAGAAUUUCCCCUUAAAGUUAAGACAAAGUCCUGGUAAAGAUGUUAUUCACAAAGCAUCCCAGUCCUUAGGAGAGCUCCUAAGGUGAAAAACUGUUCGGAGUAGGUAGGAGGACUUCAAAGAGGCUUGAGAGUUUUUAAGUAGAGGAGAAAAUGACAGGAAGACAAAGAGGUAGGAGAAAUAUUCCACAAACGCUGGAUGACAGUGAGAUAAUGAAACACUACAUAUCAGAUCGUGCAGUGAUAAUGUUUGUGGUCAAUCUCAUUAGAAAUGCGCUCACAUCUCUCACUCAACCUUAUAACACUACAAAGCCAGGAAUAAAGUCAUGACAAAGAUAUGUAAAACAUUGCAUUAGCAAUGACUUGGGUCUGUCUCAACCUUCAGUCAGCAGAGUGUUCACACUCACAAUGACAGCACCCUCGGUGUCAUAUUGUGACGCAGUUCAUUUCAAUUCCACUGGGCGUCCACACCUUGCAGGCUUGCAAAAGGACAACCUAUCACAUCUUUUAAUAGAAUGUGUCGUACGUAGCAACAGGGUUAACCACCCCAGAGAAAAAAUUUGCUGCUCACAAUAGUUUGUUCUUUGUCUCACCAGAAAUAAAUCUGCUUCUUAUUUGGAGGUUACUAAAUUGUUCCUCCUGAACCUCACUCAGGAGACACAAGGAGCAGAAGAAUAACUUAGCCAGACUACUUCUGCUGCUCACAGGCUUCUCAGAGGUUUCUAUACUCUGAGAACAGAUACACAGAUUUGAGACUUGAAUGUGAUCACUGAGACAAAUUUCUUGGAUUGUGCAGACUCAUUUAUAAGCCAAUCAAGUUUUCUUCUUUGUCUUACCGUUAUCUCAACAGCUUAUUAUUUCAGACAAAUGAAAAUUACUGCAGUGAGAGAAGAUCCUACACUGAGAUCGGACUGAGACGAGAGGAAGGCUAUGUCAGGAGCUGAAUUUAAGAAGUAUGAAAAAAUGGUCCCAGUCUCAUAUUGAUGUUAUACUGAGCUCAGUUAUGUGUAGGGGAAAUAGGCAGGACAAAGUUGAGAUCUUAUUUUGAAUCUUCCUUUCCUCACUAAAAGUUUCCAUCAUUUCCUUGCUCAGAGUUGCUCUGAGAAGUUUCCCAACUCAUUUCCAAGCAAGGACUCCUUGCUAGAAUUUCUUUUGGCUGAGUUAGGAGCUCUCAGAGAGUAUUCUCAGAAUGUUUGUGAAUACGGCCCCCGGUGCCAGACCUUAAGCAGCAUGCAUCCAAGAAACAGCUACGAAAAUUGCGGACACAGAGCCAGAAACCCCCCCGCAAAUAUAGUGUGGCAAAACAUCAAACAGACGAAGCUCAUUCCAAAAAGAGAUUGAAUCUGGGGUUGGCUUCCACUUUCAGUUUCGUGGGUGAUACUGUUUACAAACAAGUUACGGACAUUUCCUGCAUAGUAUACCUUUUAAAAUCUUCAUUUGUCAGCUUAUAAGCUAACUGAUAGAAAAUACUGUGGAAUAAGCUUUUCAGUAGCUCAAACAGCCACUAAUUAAAAUGAAAACGAGACGCUGGCUAUGCUUGGACUCUGUCAAAUAUAAUACAUAGUUUUCUGAGGUAUGAUUCAGUUUGUCAAGGUUUUUUUUUUUUUUUUUAAAUUUUGGGAACGUGCAUAUCAGUUAUGACCAGGCACAGAAGGUCGGGGGUGAUUUCAAAAAUGCCUCAUUUAUGAGACGACGCGCAGUUUUUGCACAACACCAAACUCGAUGGCAUCUAGUGAAUGAGAGAAAUAAAAGAAAAACCGUGAACAUUUUUAUUUCUUUGUUUCAAAAAGACAUUUAAAAAAUAAUAGGUCAGCAAAGGAGCAAAGACUAAACAGAAGUUUCAAAUGCUCAAACUUUUCUUACUGUGAUGUUUAAUUUUGUCUGUGUAUACAAGUGUGUAUAGUCCUCUCUGAUUUCCUUUAUCAUACAGCUCAAAAAAUACACAUCAGAAAGAAGUAACUUGUUCAUAUUAAGUGGGUACAAAGUGAAAUAUGGGACCUUAAAGUGCUCUUUUGUUUGGAAGAUCUCAGUGAUUGUUCGAAUGGUCUAAACAAGGUCUCAUUGUAAAACAAAAAAAACAAAAACAAAAAAAAGUAAGAAAAAUACUCUUUAUUAUUGCCAUUAAAUGCUGUAUUACAGUGACCAGCAUAUAUAUAUAUAUCUUGUAUGUUUGUGUGUUGUUGUCCAUGUAAAUAGCAGUAUGUUACUCCUAUGUUUGCCCUUGAAAAACAGACUGAAAAGAGAAAACAGCAAAUGGAGAGAAAGUAUUUUGUUAUUUGUCCUUCGGGAGACACAGUAUGUAUAUACCUUCAGUAUAUUGUAAAUAAGUGAUAAAAAAAAAAAUUGGCGUUUUGUGUGUUAUAAAUAAUCUGUGUAUGGCGGUUCAACAGUUAAAAUCUGUUUCAGUGUUUAUUAAAAUGUCAUUGACCAUU